AUGCCCCGGGCGCGCAAGCCGGCAGCGCCGGAAAGGGGCCGCGCAGCGCGCAGAGACGGUGAGGCACCCGACGAUGCUGUCGUCGCAGCAGCAGACGCCGCCGCCCCUUCAGCGGAUGGAAGACUGGAGCCGACUCCCCGGAUGACGGGCCACCAGUGGUUCUACAUCUUCGUGCUCGACGGGCUCGGCGCCAUGGCCCUGUCUGGCGGCGUCAACUUUGGCAUCGCCUACGCCAUGUACACGACUCAGGACACAGAGGAGCGGCCGAUACGCCUCUUCGGCUUGCCCAACACGCUCGCCGGCGAUGCGGCCGUCACCAUCAUCGUGCAGUGCAUCAUCACCUGGUUCGUCGAGUGGGCGCUCGUCGCGCACGACUUGAAGCAUCGCUCCGUCCACCCCAUCGGCUGGGUUUCCAUCCCGUCAUCGUCGUCUCGGUGGCAGCGGCUGGUGCGGUGGUGGUUCUUCCUGCCCCUUACGGGCAGCGCCGGCGACGAGGUGAACGGGUCCGAUGCGUCAACGCCACGGCCGGACGAGGUGGUGGAGCGCGUGCGCGUCAACUCGCCUGUCGCCGUCUUCCAACAGGCGCUGCGGGGCUUCCUGCUCGCGGUGCCGAGCUUCCUCGUCCUGUGGCCCAUAUCGGUGGGCGCGCUGACGGCGGUAGGGCGCAAGGAGGGCGCGGACUGGGUGUACGCGGAUAGGUGGGCGCCCCAGGUGUUCAAGCUUGUGCUCGGCGGAGUGCUGGGGCUGUUGACGACGCCGUUGAUGGCCAUGUUCUGGCUGGUGCGAGCGGGAUGGGAGGCGGAAGGCGGGCGCUGA